UGUCAUGUCAACACAGCUGUCAGUGCUGCGCAGCACAACCCGCAAAUCAGCGUUUACAGAACAGAGACUAGCAUAACAGUAGAUGUAUGGACAUGACUGUACAUGGUUUAGCAGUCAAGAKAUAUCAUUUCGAAUAGAACCCAAACCUCUCCCUGACCAGUUUCGACUGAAAUUGUCCACCAUUAACUGUGCRAGCUUAGUUCGUUGCUAGCUUGAUGCUAGCUAGCUAAAUGGUAGCCUGCAGAGACACACCGAGCUUUGUGCUAAUAGCAGGUUGUGGCGCCACACAGCGGCGAAUCCAUACCCGAAGAAGAGCGUUGCUUAGCAACGACAAGGCAAACAAGCUCUUGCACUACAGCUAGUAGAGUUKGCUAGUUCAAUAGUUUACAACGCAACCGCUCUCAACUCAACMUAUAAAGACUUAUUUUUGCUUGCAAAUAACGUUUGGAGAUUUAUUGUUAAAAAUUGUGUUCUCAGAUGGUACAUUAAUAAGAUGGCUGGCAAAAAGAAAGAAGUAAGCUUGCAGGCGUCUGUCGCAAACCAAGAGCAAUGGGAUGAGAUGCUCGCAACUAAAGGUUUAACAGUUGUAGAUGUCUACCAGCAGUGGUGUGGUCCAUGCCGUGCUGUUGUCAGCUUACUGAGGAAGAUCAAAAAUGAACUGGGAGAUGACUUGUUACAUUUUGCCACAGCAAAAGCUGACAGUAUCGAUGCUCUAGAAAGGUACAGGGGGAAGUGUGAGCCCACCUUCCUGUUCUAUGGGGUAAGUCCUGAUCUCUCUCUGUCUCUCUCUGUCUCUGGGGGGAAGAUGUCCUCGGCUACGUGGGCUAACGAUCCUUCCUCCUCAGAGGAUGGUGACCCUAACCUCUAUAUCUGGUUCAGGGGGAGAUUGGUCUCAGUGCUACGGGGGGCUAACGCUCCUCUUCCUCCAGAGGAUGUGUUGGAGGAACUGGCCAGGGAGAAGACUGUCCUGGAGAGGGGAGGGAACGCAGAAAUCCUCACGGUGGCCAUCAUCAAACCGAACGCAGUGGUCUACGGCAAAGCCAGUGAGAUUAUCAUGAAGAUUCAGGAUGCCGGGUUUGAGAUCCUAGUCACGAGGAGAGAAACGCGAGCGCUUGAAAGCACGAGAAUUUCUAACCAGAACAAAGUAGGAGAG